AUGUCCGUCCGGCGAGUCACAUAUGGAAAACUGUGGAAAACCGAAUGGCAGUACCGGCUCAAAGCUUUGGCGGAGAAGGCGGAGGCGAAGGCUCGGCAGAAGGAGCGCGUCGCUGCCAUCGUCGCGGGCACGGACGCUGCGGGCGCGGGCGCGGGGGUGGAGGAGGCGCUCAAUUGCUGGGAGGAGGGUGCGUACGAAGCGGAGACGCUGGAGACGCUCGCCGAGUUCGUGCGCCGCGAUGAGUCUGAUGAGCAUAACGCUGAAUCGUGGAUCGAUCUGCUUCAUGCCUGCAGCUCCUGCAAGUCGUUCAUCACAGACGCCGGGGACGGCUCGCUUCUCGAGGCUGUGUCUGAGGAUAUGCUGGCGAGGCUGCUGCCGUCGCCCUACUACCGCUCGGCGCAGCCGAUCGCACGCAGUGCGUUCGGCGCCCUUUCCCGGUCCCUCAGUCCCUGCGACCUGUGCUACAUGGGACCGACGGGCCGCGGCCAGCCGUGCAAGCGCAAAUACGUGUCGUCCGCUCUGCGCGCCGUCGAUCUCCACCUCAAGAGUGUGCUCACGGCUGCGAACGGCGCCUACCUGCUCCAGCACCGCUGGCUGCGCCACAUGGGGAUCGGCGCGCGGGAGUCUCGCCUCUUGAGGCUGCGCGCUGGGCGGCGAGAGGAGGCGAUGCGGCUGCGGGUCCUCUCUGACCGGACGGCAGGGCUCGCAGGCCGGUGGUGGGCCUUCGCCGCCCUCUGCGAGAGCCACUUCAUCCUUGCAGACUACCCGCAGCAGAUGGCCAUCCCCCUCCACCGCCCCCUCUCCUACGACCUCUCCUACGACCCGCCGCACUCCGACCCUCCCGAGGCGGCCACCCGACUCGGGGCCGCUGCCCGACUCGAGACUGCCGCGCCGCGAGAGGCGCGGCCGCGGGACCGAAUCGUGUUUGAGACGCUGGCGGACGGCGUCGAGGCGGGCGAGGCGGAGGCGGUGGCGGCGGCGCUGCUCGCCGAGGUUGAGGGCUUUGCGGCGCAUGCAACCGACACCCCGGGGCACGAGGUCGGUGAGGUCUGA